GCGCUGGCAUACAAAAUCCCCUGCUUCACCACCCAGCAAUUCCCAAGGACAGCUGAGACACAGCACACAAGAAAACAAACUCCCCUGCAGCUCUCCACCGACAGCGCUCGGGCCCGAUCGAGCUCAGCUUGCUUGCUUGCGUGCUCGAGAGAUCCAUGGCGCGGCUACCGCGACCCUCGGCGGCCGCCGUGGCCGUGAUGGCCACCGCGGUCGUCCUGCUCGCCAGCGCGCCGGCCGCGCGGGCCGACUCGCCGGCGGCGGGCGACGCGCCGGAGUACCGGAACCACACCGUGGGCGGCGCCGACGGCUGGUUCUUCGACGCCAAGGCCAACGCCACCUCCGGGAACUACUCCGGUUGGGCCAACGGCGAGACCUUCUACCUCGGCGACUACCUUAUAUUCAAGACGAACGACAACUCGUCGGUGGUGCAGACCACUAACGCCACCACCUACGACCUCUGCGACCCCAGCGACGACCCGGAAACCUUAAUCUACGGCGGCGGCGGCGGCGGGGGCGGCGGCCUCGAGCAGAACAACACCAUCCCGGUCGCUCUCGUUCUCGAGGGCACCAACUACUUCUUCUCCGACGCCGACGGCGGCUCCCAGUGCCAGCAGGGGAUGCGCUUCGAGAUCAAGGUCCAGCACGGCCAGGGCCUGCCGCCGUCGCUGAAGAGCCCGCCCCCGGCACCCAAGGAGCGGGUCCUCGCGCCGCCUCCGGCCGGGACGGCCUUCUCGGGCACCGGCGGGGUCGAGCCUGGGGACGGCGCUGGGGACAACGGCGGCGCCGGAAGGAGCGGCGCGAGCAGAGCGGCGGCGGCCGGCGGCCGGUUCUUGGGGGCGGCUGUCGGUGUGGCUCUGGCGAUUCUGGUUGCUGCGUGAGUUGAGUUGGUGGGGUCGUGAUGUCAGAGUAGGAGUUCUGCCAUUGGUUGUUUGGAUUUAUUAUGUAUUUAAUUUUCUUUAUGACCUGAUUUUGGCCCUGUUUGUAUACGCUUUUCUGGAACUCGCUUAUCUGGCAAGCAGGCUUAUCAGAUAAGCCUGCUGUCUGGAGAAUCCGCUGUCUGAAUAAGCUGGGUGUAUGGCAAUCCUGAUUAUUUUGU